UCUCCCUGUCGCCACCUCUCUCUCCUAGUCUCUCAGUCAGGCAGAGAGGUUUGUUCUGUCAAGAGAGAAGUUUUGUGAGUUGUGCGGCACAGAAUGGUUUAGCCGCCAUCUAAAUAGUGUUCAAUAUAAACCAUAUAUGGAUAUUGGAUAAAGGGUUGGAUAGAGGAAAAGCAUUAAUUUAGAACCAGGCUGACGGAGAAAACUUGUUUCCGUUAUUUCCGACUAAUGGGAUUAAAUCUGGUUUAAGUUUGAAUAGGCACUGAAGAGAACCAUGCUGGGGAGUGUAGUGUUAUCAGCUAGACCGAGAAGCACAAACUUCUCAAUAGAGGCAAUAAUCUCGGAUACUAAGAGAGAAGAGGAAGAAGAUGAGGAUGUUGAUAUUGAAGGAGAAGAGGAUGAGGAUCAGGGGGAUGAGAGACAGGAGUCUCCAGUAGAGGAGAAAUUCAAGAAGAAAGAGAAGCGUCCCAAAGUUGUUGAGAGAUCUACUUGCUCCGAACUAGACGGAGUCAAGUGUACCCUGGACAACAAGGAGCUAUGGGACAAGUUCUGUGAGUUUGGAACAGAGAUGAUUAUUACAAGAACAGGACGGAGAAUGUUUCCUACAGUGAGGGUUAGCUUCUCCAACCUUGAGACUGAACCUGGCACUAAAUACUUGGUUCUCCUGGAUAUAGUUCCUUGUGACAACAAGAGAUAUAGAUAUGCAUACCAUAGAUCAGCUUGGUUGGUGGCAGGUAAAGCUGACCCACCUCCUCCCCACCGUUUAUACGCGCACCCAGACGGUCCUUUCACAGGAGAACAACUCAAGAAACAAGUUAUCAGCUUCGAGAAAGUAAAAGUUACAAACAACGAAACUGAUAACACAGGACAGGUUAUCCUGAACUCCAUGCACAAGUUCCAGCCCCGGGUCUACCUUGUACGGAGGAAGGACGGAGAAAGUUCCUCUGUCUCCGAUAUUGAGAGAGAAGAGUUCCGGAGUUUUGUAUUUCCAGAAACACAGUUUACAGCGGUUACUGCAUACCAAAAUCAAUUGAUAACGAAAUUGAAGAUUGAAUCAAAUCCGUUUGCUAAAGGAUUCCGAGAUUCAUCAUCUCAGGACGGAGACGAGUCUUAUUCUUCCCCGUUCGGGUUUAACUCUCUCCCAGGAGGGAUGCCAGGUUUAGAUCCCUUCUCCCAUCUCCGGGGAGGAUCUCAGUCAGAAAACAACAAUCUCAUGGAAGCAGCAGAGAAGGCUAGACUGAUGAUGAUGUAUAGAAAUAGUUCUCUUUUAUCCCAUGGUAUUCCCCGACCUCCUCCUCUUCCUACCAUCCCUCACCUACCCCUUCCCCCAGACCUUUUGGCCAGAUAUAGUGCUAUGCAGGCUACCCUAGGGUUGUACAACCCUUCCUUCCUGGCGGCUGCUCUCCGGUCCUCAGCUCCGACUUCAAUACAAUCCCAGAUCCUUCAACCCAGUAGAUCAAUGUCUCCAAAGUCAAGAGAUUUAAGUGGAAAACCAUCACGGUUUUCACCUUACGUUCUUCCAUCUUCUCGGAGUGCUGACUCUCCGUCCCACCAGUCCACCGCUAGUGAUGGAGAACCAAGGAGUCCUAGUCCUCGGAGUUCUCCUCCAGCUCAUCCUCCAUUUUCUCUCUACAGAUAGUUACCUUCUCUUUUUUUAAUCUAUAGACACUUUAAACUACUUCCUUGCUCCAUCAUAUUCCUAGUCUUGACCUCCAAUAUAGUUGUGUUAAUCAAUCUCCAGCUAAAAAUCUAUGAUAUCUAACCAUAUCUACGUCCUUUUGUUCCUUGCUAGUCAAAGUUUACAUAUCUUGUUGUUUUAGAUUAAUCUAAUUAAAUGUAUUCCUGCUGAAAAGAAUCCUCGUGUAAUCUCAUAUCGUUUCAAACCUUUAUAUAUUUAAAUAUUGAUGUUUAAAAUAGAAUAAAUUUGUGGUAGAACUUUGGAAA